ACGAAGCAAAAGGCUCAGUCUCCAAGGGCUUCAAGGUGUCUUCGAAGUUUGUUCUUCUUGUUCCUGAAGGAGUUUCUGAAGGCAAGGGCGCGAAUGGGAAGAGCUCCUUGUUGCUCCAAGGUUGGUCUAAAUAGAGGACCAUGGACUCCCAGGGAGGACACCCUUCUAAAGAAGUACAUAGAGAACUAUGGUGAGGGCAAUUGGAGAUCCCUACCAAAGAAGGCAGGCUUACUGAGGUGUGGAAAGAGUUGCAGAUUGAGGUGGAUGAACUACCUUAGGCCAAACAUAAAACGUGGAAAUAUGGAGCCAGAAGAGGACGACCUUAUUAUAAAACUCCAUGCUCUUCUUGGCAACAGGUGGUCGCUGAUAGCGCGGAGGUUGCCGGGGCGAACGGACAACGAGAUCAAGAACUACUGGAACACCCACCUAAGCAAAGUGUUGAGGAAGAAAGGCUUAGAUCCGAGAACACACAGACCGUUGCCUCCCGGCGCCCUCAACACCACCCCUCCUUGCCGGCCUGCUGCUCAGUCGACGGAUAAUAAGGCGAGAAGAGGCAAUAAGAAGGAAGGAACCAGCGGCCCGCCUCCCAUAAAAGUGCAUGUCCCAAAGGCCAAUCGAGUAGACCCCUUCACUUUCAUUUCCAAGCUGAGGUACAAUAUGGUGCAGCUGGCAUCCCUCACUCGGACCCAAGAAAAAGGCGCAUCCAUUAAGUUUCCUGCAUCAUCUCCUAGCCAAGAUUGCGCUGAGACGGAAACGAAGGAAGCCCCUGCUGCGGCGAGAGAGGCGCCUGCAGAGCCGAAAUCACCGGUCCCCGUCGCAGACUUGAGCUCGACGUGGCCGGAACUCGAGCACUGGAUCGACGGCGACGCCGGCACGGGGGAGAAUGUGCGGGAGGAAUUCCUAGGCCUUGUGGAGAAUGGUAGCGGUAAGGACAAUGUUGGUGCCUCGUUUGUAAGAUCCAUGGUGGAAGAAGAGCAAGAAUGCUAUGACAACUUGAGCUGGUUCAGUACGCCUUGAAUCAAAAUGGCACUUAAUGCACACACUAAUGGCAUGCACCACAGCGAACUAUGAGUGGCGAUCUUUUCUGUUGGAAAUAAGGGAUGUUAUAGAAUAAUAAGUGCCGGAAUAAAGUUUGCUCUUUGCUGCUUCUCA